GGAGGCAAACAAGCAGCAUGUGAGAUGUCAGAAGUGUUUAGAGUUUGGACAUUGGACCUACGAAUGUACAGGGAAGAGAAAAUACCUGCACAGACCUUCCAGGACAGCCCAGCUAGCAAAAAUUCUCAAAGAGAGAGAAAAGCAGCUGCUACUGCAACAAAGCUCUGGAGAAAAUAAUGCAGAAAAGAAGACCAAGAAGAAAAGAUCUAAAAGCGUGACCAGCUCCAGCAGCAGCAGCAGUGACAGCUCAGCUAGUGACUCCUCCUCUGACAGUGAAGAUUCUUCUACCUCCUCCUCUUCUGAUGACAGCGACAGUGAUGAGAGCUCCUCCUCUUCCUCAUCUUCACCAUCCUCCAGCAGCACGUCCUCCUCUUCGGAGUUCGAGUCGGAUUCGAGCUCCUCCAGCAGCAGCAGCAGCAGCACAGACAGUAGCUCUGAGGAUGAGCCACCAAAGAAGAGGAAGAAGAAAUAG